AUGCAACGCGUUACGAAUCUGUUUCCAGAUACGGAAAUCGAUUGGAAGGCGUACAUGCAGGAAGUUGAAGGAGUUGUGAAUGGCACAUGGGAUUAUUAUCAGCUCAAGGGUGAUACUGGACCUUUGGUUUAUCCAGCUGGAUUUGUAUACGUUUUCAUGGGAUUGUAUUACCUGAGCAAUGCGGGUACGAAUAUCCGCCUGGCUCAAUACGUUUUUGCUGUGAUGUACAUCGUCAUGGUGUUCCUCGUGAUUCGGUUGUAUGAUCGAUCUUAUAAGGUUCCUCCGUAUGUGCUGAUCUUCCUGUGUUGCACAUCGUAUCGGAUCCAUUCCGUUUUUGUGCUACGAUUGUUCAACGAUCCGGUAGCACUCUUAUUUGUUUAUAUUGCCUUGAACUGUUUCAUGGACCACAGAUGGCGUCUGGGAUCAUUCUUCUAUAGUUUGGGUGUUUCGAUCAAAAUGAACGUCCUGCUCUUCUCUCCGGCUUUGCUGCUGAUUUACAUAUCUUGCCUGGGCAUGAAGGAAACUGUGGUUAACUUAGGGAUUUGUGCCGGAGUUCAGUUGAUCCUAGCAGCACCUUUUCUUCUCGCCAAUCCUGUUGCCUAUAUGGAGAGAUCGUUUGAUUUGGGUCGAGUUUUCUUCCAUCAGUGGACCGUCAAUUGGCGAUUCCUACCGGAGGAUAUUUUUGUAUCGAGGUCAUUCCAUCUUGCCUUGUUGUUGCUUCAUAUCUUGGUCCUUGUUGUCUUCGCCAAAAAUGUUUGGCUGAGAAUUUUGAAGAACUACCCGGUGUUGGUUGGUCACGGUGGGCUGCCGUAUGCUUGCCAGCUCCUGUUCCUGCCGCUUUUCACAGCGAACUUCAUUGGCAUUGUUUUUGCCCGUUCACUGCAUUAUCAGUUUUACGUCUGGUAUUACCACUCCAUCCCCUAUCUGUUGUGGUCAACUUCCUAUCCUACCGUACUUCGUUUGCUGCUGUUCGGAAUCAUCGAAAUGAGUUGGAACACGUAUCCGUCAACGGAUUUCUCAUCCGCGGCGUUGCACUUCAGUCACGUUGUGAUUUUGAUUGGUUUGUGGCGAAAUCAGCCGCCGCUCUCAGCUGCCGUUGAGGAAAUGGGCAAAAGUGCGCAGUUGAAUGAUUUCAACGCGAAACUGUCGGAACUGGUUCAAGAUGCCGUGAAUGAACCCGGUGCUGAGGCAAAUCCCGAGCCGGUUGUUGUCAAACAGAGCGCGAAUAAGAAAAAUCCGGAUGGAGUCGUGAACUUGAAAAACAGGAAGCGGCGUUGAAAAAUUGAAGUCCGU